UUUUUUUCUUUUCACUUUCUUUCAUUUUCCCACCACCCAAACAAACCUUUUCCUUUUCCAUCUGUUUUCUCUUCGCCUUUAUUGUUUUUUUUUCUUUCACUCUUGUUCCUUUUAAAUUCCUCGCGACACAAACCAAUGCAAACGGAAAACGCAGAAUCGCAACUCACGAGAGUCACACCUCCGCCAUGAACAAAUCGCAGUCGAAGAACUCCGAGUCGUCGACUCAGUUCGACUCGCCGCACUGGGACGGCACCGAGUCGCCGGAAAAAUCGCCGGAGAAGCGCGACAACUCCGUGGCCAUCGUGACCGUUGGCAAGCUCAAGCAGUUCACACCGGAGAAGCGCGCGGAGCACCGGGAACCGCCGGAAAAUCCGCCGUCGGCGGCGGUGGUGAUGUUCAACGACCAGGCGGCGGAGGAGGAUCAGAGGACGGCGGAAAAGGCGGUUCCGGCGGUCGGCGGAGGAGAACGGAGAUCAAGGUCGGCGGCGGCGGCGGAGGGGUGGAAGACGGACGAGACGGUGAGCAAGGCGGCGCUGGGGUUCCGGCUGAGCGAGGUGGUGGUGUGUCUGAUUUCGUUUUCUGUUAUGGCCGCAGAUAAGACGCAAGGUUGGAGUGGUGAUUCAUUUGAUCGCUAUAAAGAAUAUAGGUAUUGUUUAUCUGUGAAUAUUAUUGGAUUUGCAUACUCUGCAUUACAAGCAUGUGAUUUGACAUGCCAACUUGCCACGGGGAAACGCUUAAUCAGUCACCACCUUCGCAACCACUUUGAUUUCUUCAUGGAUCAGGUUCUGGCAUAUCUUCUGAUAUCGUCAUCAUCGUCUGCAGCCACACGGGUUGAGGAUUGGAUAUUGAAUUGGGGGAAAGACGAGUUCACAGAAAUGGCCACUGCUUCAAUUGGAAUGGCCUUCCUCGCUUUCGUUGCCUUUGCUAUCAGCUCACUCAUCUCUGGUUACACUCUAUGCAACCGAAGCUCCAUGUGAACCUCACACUUCCUAAUUCCCCAGUUCUUACAACUUGUCUAUCUAUAGAGUUCUCUCUUGUUUCCCUUGUACUGUGACGUUACAUGCCACUGGUUAUGUCCUAACUAGUAGAUAGGACUUUAAACCCAGAAACGAAGGCUUUAAAAUAGUGACAAUACUACAUUCCAGUUUCCCCUAUUUUAUUUCUUUGGGGAUUGUUUACCUGUUUGCUCAUUAUUACCGGAAAAAGAAACAAAUAAACUUUACAUCAUUAAAGAAAAAGGAUUAAUUAAA